CCCAAGAUAUUGUUUGUUAAGUUUGCAAUUAUUAAUAAUAUCAUUUUGCCCCCAAAAAAGGAGUGGUUAUCGAACAAAACGAGCCCUUUGGUUUCUUCAUCACCACCACCAACACUUUCUCACCUCUCUCUCUCUUUCUUUUCUCUUUCUCUCUCUAAAAAGCCAUAAACAACAAACAAAUAAACAAACAAUAAUCGAAAUACGUAAAAAGGGCUUUUCCGAGUUAGAUCUAGGGUUUCCAUCAAUUCCAAAACUGGAUUUCAAUUGAUUCAUUCAUCAACAACGACCAAGGUGGUGGAGGAUUUGAAAAUGGAUUCGGUUCCUUCCAAUUCACAUGGAAAUCUCGAUGAACAGAUUGCUCAGCUCAUGCAAUGCAAACCCUUGUCCGAACAAGAGGUCAGGGUCUUGUGUGACAAGGCAAAGGAGAUAUUGAUGGAAGAGAGCAAUGUCCAGCCUGUAAAAAGUCCUGUUACAAUCUGUGGUGAUAUUCAUGGGCAGUUCCAUGAUCUUGCAGAGCUUUUCCGCAUUGGAGGGAAGUGUCCAGAUACAAACUACUUGUUUAUGGGAGAUUAUGUUGAUCGUGGCUAUUAUUCUGUUGAAACUGUAACGCUUUUGGUCUCCCUUAAAGUGCGUUAUCGUCAGCGUAUCACCAUUUUGAGGGGAAAUCAUGAAAGUCGACAGAUUACUCAAGUUUAUGGAUUUUAUGACGAGUGCCUACGGAAGUAUGGUAGUGCUAAUGUUUGGAAGAUGUUUACUGAUUUGUUUGACUACUUCCCGUUGACAGCAUUGGUUGAAUCUGAAAUAUUCUGUCUCCACGGUGGGUUGUCCCCGUCUAUUGAAACCCUUGACAACAUUCGUAAUUUUGAUCGUGUGCAAGAAGUUCCUCAUGAGGGACCCAUGUGUGAUCUUCUAUGGUCUGAUCCGGAUGAUCGCUGUGGUUGGGGUAUCUCUCCUAGAGGUGCUGGAUACACUUUUGGCCAGGACAUAUCUGAGCAGUUUAACCAUACAAAUAAUUUGAAGCUGAUUGCUAGAGCUCACCAGCUGGUUAUGGAAGGAUAUAACUGGGGUCAUGAUCAAAAGGUGGUUACUAUAUUCAGUGCACCUAAUUAUUGUUAUCGCUGUGGGAACAUGGCAUCCAUCCUUGAAGUUGAUGAUUGCAAAGGACACACAUUCAUUCAGUUUGAGCCAGCUCCAAGGAGGGGAGAGCCAGAUGUAACCAGGAGAACCCCUGACUACUUCCUAUAAUACAACUUUGGUCGAGCUGCUUUUGCCAGCAACUAGUGCUCUGAAGUAAUGUUCAAGCUCAUAUACCAUUUAAAAUCAGAGCUGUGAAUCAAAUUUAGGCUUCACUGGAUGUGUUAUUUACUUGAAUUAUAAUUGAAUCUUUCCAAGAGAGAAGAAGCUGAGGAGCAGGAGAUGCUACUGUGGGCAUGUGUACCACUGCAGCAUGCAUUGUAUCAAUUUAAAUGUUUCUCCAAAUUUUCCUUUUCUUUUUAUUUUGCAACUCUGUUUAACUUUUCUUAUUUUAGGAUUAUCGUUAAUGGGGAUGGGUUUCUGUAGAUGGACAAUGCUUUGACAUAUCUUCUAAUGGGUGUUUUUAUGAUUUUUUUUUAA